CUCAACAACAAACUAGUUGGAAAAUCUCGGUUUGAUCGAUUUAGGAAUAAAGAAUGAGAACCAGUGACCCAGAUAUAAUAAAGCACCUGACGGAUCAUUUAAAUGAAUUAAUGUGUUACGUUUGAUUUUUGUUUUCACAUGAUGCGAAUCUCCGUCAGAAAACUUUGCGCUGUGUGUCUGUGCGCGUGCGCGUGCGCCAGUCUGUUUCUUUACAUCUCCAUAUUUCAGGUCGGGCAGACCGCUGACACACAGCUCAUCGGGAAGAGAACGCCGAAAGCCUCAGACGUCCAGGACCCCGUCAUCGUGUGGUGGUCUCCAGUGAGCGGAGAGCAGGGGCGGGUGGCAGACUGUGGACGUAACAGAUGUGUCUUCACCACAAACAGAUCUCAUCAUUCUCAUCCACAGACACGAGCCUUCCUCUUUUACGGUACGGAUUUCAGCGCUGAAAGUCUUCCUCUGCCGAGAAGCGACGAGCAUCACUGGGCUCUGUUCCACGAGGAGUCGCCCAAAAAUAACUACAAGCUCUUUCACCCGCCGCUCAUCACACUGUUCAACCACACGGCCACCUUCAGCCGUCACUCUCACCUGCCCCUCACCACACAACACCUGGAGAGCCUCAGCGCUCUCACAUCACCAACACACCUGCUCCCUCUGUCCCUCAAAAACCAGCGGAGGAAAACCCUGGCGCCCGUGGCCUACGUCCAGUCCGACUGCGACCCGCCGUCCGAUCGAGACGUGUACGUCCAGGAGCUGAUGCGUCACAUUCAGGUGGACUCUUACGGAGCGUGUCUUCACAAUAAAGACCUGCCGUCCCAUCUGAGAGACUCGGCGGCGAUGGAGCAUGAGGAUCUCUAUCACCUCCUCUCUCAGUAUAAAUUCCUCCUGGCCUUCGAGAACGCUGUCUGUGAGGAUUACAUCACGGAGAAACUCUGGAGACCUCUGAAGAUGGGGGUCGUGCCCGUCUAUUAUGGAGCUCCCAACGUUGGCAUGUGGCUGCCGGACGACAGAAGCGCGGUGGUGGUGAAUCCAGACCAGCCGCCUGAGGAACUGGCUCGGUAUUUAAAGAGACUGGACACACAUGACGAGGAAUAUUCUCAGUAUCUGCAGUGGAAACACAAGCGGCGGAUCUCCAAUGUCAAUCUGGUGAAGCGUCUGAGAGAACGUCAGUGGAGCGUUCAUGACGUCACUCAAGAAAACGUCAUAGAUGCGUUUGAGUGUCUGGUGUGUAACAGAGUGUGGGAGAACAUCCACAGACACAAACAGAAGCUGGCGGCUAAAGUGUGGCGAGCCGAAGAGACUCAUCUGAUGUGUCCUCCUCCCAAACUCUUCCACUUCCCUGCGAGCCCCCCGAACGGCUCGUAUCUGAGGAGCAUCUGGAGAGCAAGUUAUGAUCAAUCAAAGAAAGAAGCCGGCGCUCUGAGACGACUUAUUGAGAGAAACACAAACUUCACUGACACACACUUCUGGAGUGAAGUCUUCAUCAUGUGACAGAAACACAGUCAUCUCAGUCUCACUUCACAUCACAGGUUCUUUAUAUGUGUGAACGCCAUCAUUUCAUAAACACAAUCUUUACCACACACACACUCACACACACACGAUAUUCCUGAAGGACAAUUAGUGUAAUGCUUAUUCAUGAAUAAUCUGUAGAUAUUAUACCAAGGGUUGGGUAUCGUUUGAAUUUGAUCGAUUCCAAUUAUGAUUCAGCUUAACCAUUCCGAUUCUUAUCGAUUCACAUUUUCGAUUCCAGAGUAAAACAAGAAAAAACAACAAGAAACAAAAAGUAAAACAUUCAGAUAUCAACAUGUAUGAUAAUUAAGCCUGGUUAUUGACUGGUUUGCAAAAUAUAUGUAUAUUUAUGAGCACCAUUUUACAAUUAUUUACAUUUAUUCAUUGGGCAGACACUUUUAUGCAAAGCGAUUUACAAGUAGGAGACCUUAUAAACUUUUUGUCAACACACUAAACAGUACCGGUAGUUUUGUAUACUUACAUUUUGUGUAUAUAUAUAUAUAUAUAUAUAUAUAUAUAUAUAUACACAUAUAUACACAUAGCAAACAUGUUUUGUCUUUUUUACAAUUUUUUAUUACCAUAGCUGUACUACGUCAUGGUUUAACUUUAGUGCCUAUAAUGAAUCUACGGUCAAUUUGUGGUUCCUGUGCUCUAUCACAGGUUAACACAAGUACAUUUCUGAAAAUAUGCACACAGGAAUUGAUAAGAGGAAUUCAAAUUUUAAUGUCAAGUAUUCAGAUUCCUAUUCCUUUUCAUUCCAAUUUUCUGUAAUUAUACCAGAAUCCCUUCAGCGUUGCCUCAUACUUGUCUUUAAGAUGCACAUUCUGCUCUUUUUAUACUUGCGAACUAUAAAAAAAAUUGUAGUCGUUUUUUACAUUGACUGUUUUGUAUUCACCUCCCUUGCUUAGUCACGGGUUUGUUUCUGAAUAUGUGAUUUUUUUGGAUCAUGCGGAUUGUUCCUAAACUUGUACUGAACUAUAAAUGAAAAGUGAUAACCUUGUG